AUGGAGGUACCAAACUACCCUCUAUAUUGCUAUUGGGGUGGGGAAAUUAUCCACAAAGAUAGUGAUGUAACGUAUAGAGGUGGAACUCAAAUAUUUGUUUUUGUAAAUCCUGGGAUGACAUAUUCACACGUUCGGAACAAGCUAUAUGAAGAAUUGAGUAUUGAUCCUAGAUUUGUGGAGUUGAAGGUGGUUAUGCGGUAUCCUAUGGCUGGGGCAUAUGUCGCAGUUCCGUUGAAUGACGACAAUGCUCUUAGGGCUAUGUGGAUUUCUGUGACUCAGAGUUCUUCUAUUGCAAUGCAAUUGUCUCCGACCUCAUCGCCUAAUGUUGGAACCUCAACAAGCACACAACCACAAGCCAUUCUCGAUUCUCUUGACCCAAACAAUGUUGAUGUUUUUGGGGAUGUCGAGAUGAAUGAUACUGAUGAAGAUGAUGAUGAUGAUGAAGAUGAAUUUGAGGUUGGACAGCAAUUUGACUCAUUGCAACAAUUGAAAGAUGCUGUGAAGUUUUACUCCAUAGCUAGAAAUAAAACAAUUCGAGUUGUGGAGGCAGAGCUAGAGAAAUAUGUUGUUGAGUGCAAGAGAAAAGAACAAUGUAGUUGUUCGUGGAGGCUUAAAGGAGUGAAAGAUCCAACACUUUCUACUUUUAAAAUUGUUCGGUACAACGGCCCUCAUGCAAGUUACUGUGUUGGUGACAUCGACUCGGUGGAUCAUAAGCUACUCACUUCCGAGUUUGUUUGCAAUGCUCUUUUAGAUGUCCUUCGCGUUGACCCUUCAUUGAAAAUCAAGACAAUGAUGCAACUUGUGAAAGAGAAGUUUGAGUUCUCAAUAACCCACAAGAGAGCAUGGCUAGCGAAACAAAAGGCAAUAAAACUCAUUUAUGGGGAUUGGGAGGGUUCAUUUCAACAGUUACCUAAGUACAUGCAAGCUCUCAGGGAAUCAAAUGCUAGAACUGUUGUUGAGUGGAGGCUGUUGGAGAGUACGGUUCCUGGAACUUAUGUUUUCCAACGAGUUUUUGGGCAUUCAAGCCAUGUGUUGAUGGAUUCCGUCAUUGUAGACCCCUUAUCACCAUUGAUGGAACUCAUUUAUAUGGAAAAUACAAAGGAACUCUACUUAUUGCUAUGGGAACCGAUGCUAAUUUUCAACUUUUCCCCCUCGCAUUUGCGGUUGUUGAAGGAGAAAACAAUGAUAGUUGGUCUUGGUUCAUGGCUUGUAUUAGAGCUCGAGUAA